AUGAUCAACGAAGAGAUAUCUACAAUAUUUGUCGUCGGUUUUCCUGAUGACAUGCAAGAACGGGAGUUCCAAAACAUGUUUAUCUUUUCACCUGGUUUCGAAGCUGCUACUCUGAAGAUUCCACAGAAAGAUUGUUCAGAUGAUGAUGGCUCGGCAAAUGGUAGCAACGGAAUUGGAAGCGGUUCCAGCAAUGGAAUUGUCAGUGGUAACAAUGCACGAAAACAAAUAAUUGGGUUUGCAAAGUUUCGUACAAGGCUUGAAGCCCUUGAAGCCCGUGACAUUCUCAGUGGAAGGAAAGUUGACGCCGAGAAAGGGUCUGUUUUAAAAGCUGAAAUGGCAAAGAAGAACUUGCAUACAAAGCGGGGCCUUUCCAAUGACCAAAAUACCGCAGCAUUUCCCCUUCUUGCUUCUAACAAACGUUUCUCGACUUCGGGUAAUAUUAAUACUACCUAUGACGCCUUUCAUUCGGUUCCACCAUAUGCACCCGCACAACUUCCAAGCGAUCUUCUCUCUCCUCAAGACUAUGAGUUAUACUCGGAUGUGAGCGUUUACACUCCAACGACUCCCAGUACUCCUGUAUUUCCCGAUCAGGCUCCAUUUUCCGCUCGUGGUUCCUUUGAUGCAACUAACGGUGCCAUCAGUAGUUUGGUCGGUGUUCAAUCAAGACCUCUUAACAAUAACGUUCGAUAUACCCAGGGGGGAUUCUUUGAAAGUGUGGAUGAUUACCUUUCAACCUCCAGCCCCGUCGAAAUAGUUCCCAAAACUACGAAGAAUUCAACCAAUGGUUUCCAUUCCGCACUGCUUGUCAACGAGGACCUAUCACAUUCCAUGUCUCAGUUAUCUAUUAAUACUUCUAUUCCUCCAUCAGUUAUAUCAUCUUCUCCAUCUAUUCCGUCGCCAGGGUUUCGUCCUCCUAAUCCAGCUGAUCAAAAUCCCCCGUGUAACACACUUUACGUCGGAAAUUUACCAAUGAAUACUUCCGAGGAUGAACUCAAACAGAUGUUCUCUCGUUGUCCAGGCUAUAAACGUAUGUGUUUUCGUACUAAACAAAAUGGACCCAUGUGUUUUGUUGAAUUCGAGGAUGUUCAUUAUGCCACACAGGCAAUGAAUGAACUCUAUGGUAAUCCACUCAGUAAUUCUGUCAAGGGAGGAAUUCGCUUAAGUUUUUCAAAGAAUCCAUUGGGUGUGCGGAGCAGUAACAAUGGCAAUGGUCUUAAUGGCUUCAACGGAGAGAGGCGAGGUUCUACUUACAGUCUAACCGAUCGUCGGGAUUCUGCUUUUAGCCUAGAAAGACGUGAUAGUACUUACAGCCUUACCGAUAAUCGUAGGGGUUCAUUUAGUUCGGAAAGACGGGAUUCUUCUUUUAGUUUGGGAAGUAGUUCUGGACCUACUUUUACUCACGCCGAAAGAUUUAAUUUGGAACGCCGAGAUUCCUUGUUGGCUCCUGAAAGAAGGGAUUCCUUGAGGGAUGCUUUAUUCCCUCCCGAACGAAGAGAUUCAUUUUCUUUUGAUCCUCAAUUUGUAUGA